AUGCAACAGGAAGCUAGCUUCUCUACUCUGCGGUGUCGUAAGUGAUUCAUUAGCUCUAAUGACAGAGAUCCGUCCCCUCCUCGCCUGCUCCUUUUAAAAACCCCGAUAACGCCGCCAAGAAUACUAUUUUUAUUUGACUGUAUGUAUUUUACGACAACGGUGGCAGAAAAUGCACCAUCAUCGGAGCUACAAACCCAUGGCAUGGUCGGUCAUCAGUUUUCUUUAAAAAAAAGAAACUAAGUGCAGUGAUAUUGAGGAUGCAUUUAUCACACAUGAAAACUACAAAUCCCUGCAGGAGUAUUGCGAUAUAAUGGGACAUUAAGGGAUCUUCUGUAGGAGACGCGGUAAUGUUCCAUUGCCACAGCAAUACUGGUGGUACAUAAAGGGAUGGUACAUAUUUUCUCCUUUUCUUUUUCUGAUUAACAUUAGCUAUAAAGUGGCUAACCGUGUCAGAAACUCAUUCUUGGAAACAUGGAUAUCCUGGGCUAACUCGUAUCACAUCGCACCGAUUUAGAUAACUGUGUGACUGCAGUAUUAACAGUAGUCAUGCACAAUCCUGCUCCAGAAGUUGUAGCAGCAUUCCCGAGUGGAGGUGUGGUGGACAAAGAUGCAAAUCCAGAGACAACUUUGGGGAGUGCCUACUCUCCGGUGGACUACAUGAGUAUUACCAGCUUCCCCAGGCUGCCAGAGGAUGAUGUGACAUCUGGGGAAAACACACUGAAAUCCCGCAAGGAAGAUGACAAUGUCCUGAGUGAGCAGGAUACAGAUCCAGAUCUGUUUCUGAAGUCAGCUCGCCUCCAGCGUCUUCCCUCCUCAGCGUCAGACUUGGCCAGCCAUGACAUUGCAUCACUUCGGGAGACCAGCACAGACCCCUUUAAUGAGGGCUGCGCCUGUCAACGAGAUGGACUGACCGUCAUCAUCACAGCCUGUCUUACCUUUGCUACAGGGGUUACUGUGGCUCUCAUCAUGCAGAUCUAUUUUGGAGAUCCACAAGUCUUCAACCAAGGAGCAGUGGUUACAGAUGUUGCUCAGUGCACAUCUCUUGGGUUUGACAUUUUGGGGAAGCAGGGGUCCAGUGUUGACGCUGCCAUUGCUUCUGCCCUCUGUCUGGGAAUUGUCCAUCCUCACACCUCUGGUAUAGGAGGAGGUGGUGUUAUGUUGGUGCAUGACAUCAGGAAGAAUGAGACAAGGGUCAUUGACUUCAGAGAGACCGCUCCAUCUGCCAUCCAUGAAAACAUGCUGCUGACAAAUCUCAAUCUGAAAGUUGGCCUGCUUGUAGGAGUUCCAGGCAUGCUCAGUGGGAUGCAUCAGGCACAUCAGCUCUAUGGCAGGAUGUCAUGGAAGAAUGUGGUUACCAUGGCAGCAGAUGUGGCCAGAAAUGGAUUUAAUGUGACUCAUGACUUAGCUGAAGCUCUUUCUAAAAUUAAGGACCAAAACAUGUCAGGUGCAUUUCGGGAUUUAUUCCUCCCUAAUGGCCAGGCUCCUCUUCCUGGACUGUUUACUCGACGGCUUGAUUUGGCAACCGUUUUGGAUGCUGUUGCGGUUAAAGGGAUCUCAGAGUUCUACACUGGGAAUGUGGCGCAGGAAAUGGCAGCUGCAGUCCAAGCAAGAGCUGGUGUGCUCACAGAGGAUGACAUUGGAAACUACAGCACAGUAAUACAAAAGCCAGCAGAAACCACUUAUCAGGGUCAUCAUGUGAUGGCAGCCCCAGCCCCACAUGCAGGUGUGGCCUUGAUCACUGCACUUAACAUCCUUGAAGGCUACAACAUUACAAGCCAGUUGCCCAGAAGCAGCACCUACCACUGGAUUGCGGAGGCUGUGAAGAUUGCUCUGGGUCUGGCUAGUGGGCUUGGAGACCCCAUGUAUGACACCUCUGUUUUAGAGAUUGUCGCCAAGAUGUUAAGUAAAUCACAGGCCUCUCUACUCCGCCAGAUGAUCAAUGAUUCUCAGGCAUUCCCUGUCAGCCAUUACACUUUAUCCUUUACCCUGGAGGAUGGUGCUACAGCUGCCCAGGUCACGGUCAUGGGUCCAGAUGACCACAUCGUGUCAGUCAUGAGCUCCCUGAACAAACCAUUCGGCAGUGGCAUAGUGACUCCUUCAGGAAUCCUUUUGAACAGCCAGAUUCUGGACUUCUCAUGGCCAAAUAAAACACUGAGCUCAUCACCUAACCCUCAUAACAGUCUCCAUCCUGGGAAGAGACCCAUGUCUUUCCUUAUGCCCACAGCAGUAAGGCCAGCUAUGGGGUUAUGUGGCACUUAUGUGGCUGUUGGAUCUUCCAAUGGGGAGAGAGCUCUCAGUGGCAUCACACAGGUACUGAUGAAUGUCCUGUCUUCACGUAAAAACAUGAGUGACAGUUUGGCAUAUGGGAGACUCCACCCACAGCUGCAGCCCAACACCCUGCUGGUGGACUCUGAGUUUUUAGAGGACGAUGUGGCGCUGCUGCAAGCCAAAGGGCACAAAGUUGAGAAGAUGGAUAUUCUUUCAUUGGUGGAAGGUACACGGAGAACUAACGACCUCAUCAUUGGUGUGAAGGACCCCCGGAGUGCUGAUGCUUCCGCCCUUACUAUGUCUAACAUGCCUUAGCACAGCCCUCCUUCUAAUACUCACAUAAGAUUGAAGGGGUAAGACUAACAGGUUGUCAAGAAGGGAAAAAAUGAAGCUACUGAUCAACUAAUGCACCAAGCUAAUACAUUCAUCUAAAUCUAACAGCCAAAGUGCUGUUUGAGAGGGAAAAAAACUUUUAAAAGACAUGGAACGUUCUCUGAGCAGGAAUCUGAUGGGAAUCCUCUUAGAUUAUUCAUUUACUCACACUAAAUACUUAAAAGUCGCAUCACUUUACAUGCCAAGUAUGCAGUACCCUCAUUCACCGUCUCAAGAACCGUCCGGUCAGUGUAUAAAACAUUUAAAGUGUACGUCCAUGAAGCGCUUUAAAGUCUGCUGCUAGUUUCAGAGGAGGGCACAGAAGAAAAGUGAGGCCUCUCUGAGCAUGGUUUUACUUGGUUGAUGUGAAGAAAAGCUGUUUUCACAUUAUUGUGAGCAGCAGCUAAUUACAACUAUUUGUGAGUGUAAAGUCAGGAAUCCUGAGAUGAAUUACUGGAAACUAAAUGCAUUCUUUGCAAGAAUGGGUUGUCAUGAAAAAAAACAAAAAGGAUCCCAGACCAGGAAGUCCAACAUGGAUAGUGUGCAGUGUAUCUGAACCACCUUUUAAACUUUCACUGCAUUUCACCAUUACACUAAAUAACACCUAAGAUCUCCUUUAAAUAUUUAGACCGGGAAUUAAGUCUUGCAUCAUGCUACCUGAACACGACUGUCCUAAACUGAACACAUCUCCUCUGCUCUGCUUGUCAUGUUGUGUCGCUGUGAUUAGAUGUUUGGUAAAACUGCUGGAGCUUUAAGUAUUACAGUCAGUGACUCCUUGGGACCACAUUAUCACUAACAUCUUACUGACACCAAACAUGAUAAAUGGAAAUGCGAUAAGACCUUCACAUCUUAAUAUAAUUUUUCCAGAAGCAUGAUUUAAUGUGUAUUAUAUUUAAAUACACAUAACAAUUAAUUAGAAAAAUAUUUUGGAAAUAUAAGUCGCUGCAUGAUUUUGUUCUCAGCAUUGAAUGAAGUAUUUUUUUCUUUUCUUUUUUUUAGAGCAGGUUAUACUUGUUAUAAUAAUGGAAAUAACUGGAUUUCAUCAAAUUGGAUUGAAUGUAAUGUCUAUUUUAGUAUGAACAUGUUUGGCUGCAUAUAUUAUUCGUGCUGUUAGUAAAUUCAGUCAUCACUUUUAAGAAACCGAUGCUGUGUUUAUUUUUGUGCACUUAUGAAAUUUUGUUAUAUUGUAUAUUUAAAAUAAAAGCAAACAGCUUGUGUAGAACUUUGCACUCACUUAAAAAUGCCAAUUUAGACUGAUCAAAUAGCUUCUUUACCUUAUCGUCUGUUGUUGGUAACCAUUGCAAUAUGACUGUUGAUGCUUAUCCUCUGUACCUUUAGAGUACCAUGCCUUAAGGCAAACGUUUGCACAUCUGAUGUUUGAUCCCAUUGUGCAUUUGUAUCUGAUUUUCAUAAAAAAAAAUCAUAAUUA